AUGAAGAACGCACGGACGGCCCACGAGGCUAAGGAGAUCCAAGGGUACGCGGAUGACAAAGAAUGGAAGAACUUCUUUUCGAUCAAAUUUCUCUAAUGUCCGCCCGCCAAAGAUACUGCACCUUUCCUCGGCGCCGACUGAAUAACCACGCUCACCGAGAAGACAAAUUUUGCAGCGAUGGACCGAACAAUUUAGAGACGUUCUCAAUCGCCCCUCCAACAUCUCCGACACCGCCAUCGCCCGCCCGUCCCAAUUGAAGACCAACGCCAAUCUUCACCUCCCACUCUCCCUCCACGAGACUAUCAGGACCGUGCAGCAUCUCUCCAGCGCUCUGCGGAGGUCUACACGCACGAUUGCCCCCAAUUCAUGGAGCAUCUGCCGGCAAUGUUCCAGGACAUGUGGCGCUAAGUAGAAGUCCCGCAGUAUUUCAAGCUCGCCACCAUCAUCCACCUAUACAAACGGAUUGGAAACCGCCAGCUUUGCGACAACAACCGAGGCAUCUUCCUGCUGAUUAUUGCCGGUAAGAUAUUAGCUCACAUUCUUCUCAACCGCCUGAACAAUCACUUGGAUUAAGGUCUUCUGGCGAAUAGUCAGUGCGGCUUUCGCCGUUAUCGUAGCACCAUGGACAGGAUCUUCGCCACCCACCAGCUGCAGGAAUAGUGUCAGGAGAUGUGGACCCAAUUGCACUUUACUUUCGUGGAUCUGACGAAUGCCUUCGACAGAGUGAAUUGUAACGAAAUGUGGAAAAUCAUGCGGUGAUUUGGCUGUCCGGGACGAUUCGGUCAGAGGGUGCAUCAGCUCCAUGAUGGCAUGAUGGCACGCAUUACGGAUUAUGGAGCUGUCUCGGAGAAUUUUCAGUGAUUAACGACGUAAAACACGACUGCGUCUUCGCGCCUACCCUCUUCAGUCUUAAGUUCCCUCCAUGCUGAUGGACGCUUAAUGCGAAGAACGCCCCGAGAUCCGCCUCGCCUAUGGGACGGCUGGCCACGUCCUUAACCACAGACUGAUGCACUUCCGGUCGCGUGUAUCCACAUUCACCAUCCAUGAACAUCUGUUCGUCGAUAAGCACAUCGGGAUCCGCGUCGCAUACAGAACUGUGAGCAAACUGUUUAACCACAUGAAGAUGCAAAUAUAAUCGCGUUCCUCCAAAACCACCGUCCACUAGGAGAGUCAGACUGAAACAACUCCUUCUCAGCGUGUUCACGACAUACUCACGCAUGUCAGAUGAACGCUGCCCAACGCAAGUUUUGUGUAAUCAUGUUGCUUGUGUUUGAGGAGCCAGGUCGUGCAUGUGGCGCGCGUAUACACGUUCACUAGACCCUGUCAACAAUCGCGCCCAUUCUGCACUCCAGUCAACUCACCAACUCGGAGAGUAGCUGCGGCCUGAGAAUGUGAAGGGAGAGUGAGGUCUAUGACUCAGCGCAUUUUCUUCUUCACUAUAAACUAUAUGAGGCUAUAAUAGUGCACUAAAAUCCGUGGCUGAUGAGCCUCCAUCUAACUCUCCGGCGUGGGGGCAAAUUCGUCAACAUCAUCCGGAGUACGUGGGUGCUGGCUACACCUUUUUUGGAGCGGUCGCCUUAGGGCAAAGCGAUGAGACGCGGGUGUCACCUUCGCCAUUCGGAACGACAUCGUCGGACGACCGACCUUUCUGCCGCAGGGCAUCAACCAUCGCCUGAUGAGCCUCCGCUUUCCUCUCUGGGGUGGAUAAAUUACCAUCCUUGUCAAUAUCUUCGCUCCGCCGAUUAGCAUUCCCGCCGAGACGAGAAGCAUAUUCUACGCGGAACUGCACGCACUCCUGGCGUCUGAGCCGACAACUUGGUGACUUGACCUUGGUGAGUUUAUCGCUCAUAUCGGCGCAGACCAUGCUGCCUGGAGAUGAAUUCUGGGUCCCCGUCGUCUCGAUAGCUUUAACGACAACGAACUGCUCUUCCUAACAACCUGUGCGGAACACAGCCUCAUCCUGACGAACAUAUCCGCCCGUCUCGCGACGCGAAAGAAGGCCAAUAUGAUACUUACUCGGUCAUGGCCUUGGUGCAUCCUAGACAUUUUCCUCGUUCGGAGGUGAGACCAGCGUGAGCGGAACCCAAAUGCAUGUGGUGGACAACUUCAUGUAUGUGGGCAGCACCCUAUCCUGCGGCAUCAAAAUCGACGAUGAAGUGGCCCGCCGCUUUUGCAAGUUAGUCCUAAAAAUGCAGCUUGGAAUCGUUACGGGCUUCACAUCAGCCUCGAAACUAGAGAUGCGCUAGGCAGUCAUUCUGUCGACGUUGAUACAUGGAGCGGAGACCUAGACUGUGUACAUGAAGCAGGCACGCAGACUCUAUCAUUCCCAUCUAAGCCGUCUUCGACAGGUACUGAAUCUGAGGCGGCAGGAUGGGAUCCCAGGCACGGACGUACUGGACCGGAUGGGGAUACUUAGCAUCCACACGAUGCGGCCAAAUAGUACGGAUGGACGAUGACAGGCCACCCAAAAGAUACAUCUCUGGAAAUGUCGCGACAAGACCACGCUGACAAGGAGGUCAAGUCCGGCGAUAAAAACACCAGGGACACUCCGACCGGGAUAGAUUAACGUGGAGAAGAGCAACAAUCUUAUUCAAAUCGUCGCCGCCGAAUCCAGACGCGAGACAAACAAAUCUCGACUGCCGCUCCCGCCGCCAACGCCCAAUCACCUCCAAAAUGUCAGGGGGAAUCCCGGACGCAAACUGGACUUUUUUAACACCCCAGGUUCAACUGCAGCACCAACCCUCGCUUCUCACCCCAUCUCACUCGUGAAUCGCCUUCCUGAGCCACCACUACAUUCUUCUUCUUCUUCUACUUCUUCUUCUUCGUCCUCCUCCUCCUCCUCCUCUCCUCCGCCUCCUCCUUCUCCUACUUCUCCUCAUCCGGCUCCUCAUCAUCCUUCCCCACUGCCCCGACGACAGACGCUCUAUCGGCUGUUACUAACACGAACACCACACACAUCCCUGACACAACAACAGACGACAUGCGAUCAGGACCAGGACUACACCUGCCCUCACUGCAACCGCAACUUCACCUCACAUAUCGCCCUGGUCGGUCACUUGCGAAUCCAUCGCACAGAGGCUGGCAAACCAGUGUCUGGAACACCAACCUAUACCCACCACGUGUGACUCAACUACCCACACUGUCCUCGCACUUUUACGCAUCGCAUAGGUCUAUUCGGACACAUGCGAAUCCACGACUACCCACGGUUGAAAACGACCGGUUACACCACAACAUCACAUCCUUCCUCCCUGCCUCCACCACCACAACCACCCCACCACAUAUCAACAGUCACCCUCGGCAUGCAUACAACUGCCGCAUCCCACGCAAGUCAGAAGUGUGCAUCUCGACUCGGUCGCCAUGCGGCUUCGGCUGCACGGUCGACUCGAGUCUGAGACUAUACCGACACGUCAAGCGUCGUGGAUAAGAAGGCUGCAGAUUGACACUCCCAUUCCGUCCACGCAGUUCGUCCAGUUUUAUGUGUUGUGUAGAAUGGCGGACUGGUGGGCUGGGGACGGGUUGAAACAGCACCUUCUACGGCCCUCUCACGCAAGUGAGAGACACGCCGUUCAACCCCCGUUGUGUGAAAUCCUGGUGUUUGUGUGUGUAUGGGGGGCCAGGCCGUGCUGUGGCGCGCGCAGGCAUGGUCAGUCGACCAUGACAGCCACCGCGUCCAUUCCCCACUCCAGUCUGCUGACCGGCUCGGACAGUGGCUGGGGUAUGGGAAUGGGAAGGGAGAGUGAGGUCGACGACUCAACACACUUUCCUCACUAUACACAAUCUGACGCGCUUGAAGCUAUCACGGUGCAGUAAAAGCCGUGGCUUGGAAGGUUGUCAACUGACGGGAUAACAUGGACCUCCUCCUCGACUGGUGGGGGUCUGAGAGUCAGGUUGCAAUGGCUUCUUUUUAAUGUGGCCGUUAUGGCAUUCCUACCACAGUGUGGGAUCCGAGCCAGGCGUUGGCGGCACGCCCAGGUGCGGCUUCGGCCGUGCCAGCCUCCAAAUCUCUGUUGUGUUGGUUGAAAUCCUGGUUAUUGUAGUGUGGACCAGGGGGUGUGGUGGAACGCCAAAGUGAGGAUCCGUCCGAGCCAUCCACCUGCGGCCUCCCUCGUCUCCGGUCUUCUUGACUCUGUCUUGACACCGGACCCAGGCGGGGGAGGAGGAGAGAGUGUAGGUAGAUGCAGCGCAAGUCUACUGGCACUAUAAACCACUGCGUAAGUCACCGUCCCUGUUCCCACCGCUGCUGCAGCUGUGGGGCACACGGUGGCCAUCGUCGAAAUCGACGGUCGAACUGUCGUGUGUGUGUGUGUGUGUGUGUGUGUGUGAGGACCUCCCUUCCCAUUCCCACACCCCAACCACUGUCCUCACUAUAAUCAAUCUGACGCGCUUGAAGCUAUCACGGUGCGCUAAAAGCCGUGGCUUGGAAGGUUGCCAACUGACGGGAUACCUUGGACCUCCUCCUUAACGGGAGGCGGUCUGAGAGUCAGGCUGCAAUGGCUCCUUUUUAAUGUGGCCUUUAUGGCAUUACCACCACAGUGUGGGAUCCGAGCCAGGCGUUGGCGGCACGCCCAGGUGCGGCUUCGGCCGUGCCAGCCUCCAAAUCUCUGUGGUGUUGGUUGAAAUCCUGGUUAUUGUUGUGUGGACCAGGGGGUGUGGUGGAACGCCAAGGUGAGGAUCCGUCCGAGCCAUCCACCUGCGGCCUCCCUCGUCUCCGGUCUUCUUGACUCUGUCUUGACACCGGGCCCAGGCGGGGGAGGAGGAGAGAGUGUAGGUAGAUGCAGCGCAAGUCUACCGGCACUAUAAACCCCUGCGCAAGUCACCGUCCCUGCUCCCACCUGGUGUGGGGCACACGGUGGACAUCGUCGAAAUCGACGGUCGAACUGUCGUGUGUGUGUGUGUGUGUGUGUGUGUGUGUGUGUGUGUGUGUAGUGGGGGUGUAGGGGUGUCCAGCGGUGGGUUCACGUGAAGGUCGUAGUGGUCGCUCACUUGCGUGCAGGUGAGACUACGCCUAGCGUCCAUUUGCUGGCACCCAACUCUCACCUGUGGCUCCACGUAGCUGGGCUCUGCUCAGCGGCCACACCCUGGGCAACCGCCUCGACCGGCGGGCUAAACCAGGUGAGGGCGCUGUGCGCUUGUGCCGCGUGCACAGUGUACUGCGGACUCCGCUGGAUGUUUGGUCGGAUGAAACACUGCGCCGGCAUCGUCGAGACGAGGCUCUGCUGUACGCCUAUCGUGAUGAGCAACCCGGGAUCCGCAUCGCCCACAGGAUGGACGGUCACCUGCUGAAUCAACGACGGAUGCACUUCCAAUCGCGCGUAUCCACAACCACCGUGCACGAACUCCUCUUCGCCGUCGACUGCGUCCUGAACACCACCUCGGAAGAGGAGAUACAACGGAGCAUGGACCUGUUCUCCGCCGCCUGCGAGAACUUUGGUCUGGUCAUCAACACGCAGAAGACGGUGGUGAUGCAUCAACCAACACUUAACUCAGCCAAACCCCUCAACGAGCCGCAAACCAGCGUGAAUUGA